AUGACAGAACCUGAGACUGUAGCCCUACUGGAAGUGAAGGGGUCUGAGGUUCCAGAAAAGAGCCUGUCCCAGGCCCUGGUUCCCAAUGGCAGACAGCCAGAAGAAGAAGAUGUGGUUGAACCUCCCAGAGCUGAGUCUCCUAGAUUGGAGUCUUCAAUUGGGUCACCCAUGACAGGAGAGGGGACUGAGGAUGGUCUGGACAGCACAGUGAGUGAGGCUGCCACCUUGCCCUGGGGGACUGGCCCCCAGCCCAGUGCCCCGUUCCCGGAUCCCCCUGGCUGGCGGUGCAUUGAACCAGAGCCCCUAGAAUCGGAGCCACCCAUUAAGCCAGAAGAACCACUUGAAGAUGACAUGAACCUACUGCCCGAGAAGGCCGCCCGGGCCUUUGUGCCCAUUGACCUACAGUGCAUUGAGCGGCGGCCCCAAGAGGACCUCAUCGUGCGCUGUGAGUCCGGCCAGGAUGAGCGUCGGGCCUUCCUGCCUGCCCGGACCACCCACCCUGAGCCCCCUGAGCGCAAGUGGGCCGAGGCAGUGGUGAGGCCGCCUGGCCGGUCCUGCGGGGGCUGUGGGGACCGUGACGGGCUGAGGGCUGUGGCCUCUGUAGGGGCUGCCCUAGUCUUCUUCCCCUGCCUACUGUAUGGGGCAUAUGCCUUCCUGCCCUUUGAUGCCCCACGCCUGCCCACCAUGAGUUCCCGCCUGGUCUACACGCUGCGCUGUGGGGUCUUUGCCACCUUCCCCAUCGUGCUGGGGAUCCUGGUGUAUGGGCUGAGCCUACUCUGCUUCUCUGCCCUCCGGCCCUUCGGGGAGCCCCGGAGGGAGGUGGAGAUCCAUCGGAGGUAUGUAGCCCAGUCGGUGCAGCUUUUCAUCCUCUACUUCUUCAACCUGGCUGUGCUUUCCACCUACCUGCCCCAAGACACCCUCAAGCUGCUCCCACUGCUCACUGGCCUCUUUGCCAUUUCCAGGCUGAUUUACUGGCUGACUUUUGCCGUGGGACGCUCCUUUCGAGGCUUUGGCUAUGGCCUGACCUUCCUGCCACUGCUGGCCAUGCUGGUGUGGAACCUCUACUACAUGUUCGUGGUGGAGCCCGAGCGCAUACUCACUGCUGCGGAGAGCCGCCUGGACUACCCGGACCACGCCCGCGCAGCCUCCGACUACAGGCCUCGUCCCUGGGGCUGA